ACUUCAGACAACCUCUUUGCGCUCUCAUCACUCGGCUACAAUAUGAGCAGACUGCAGAUUCCCUCUUUUGGCAGGAGGAAAAAUACUCCCCCAGUCAUUCCUGCUGCUGGGGCGACCUCCUCUCCAGCGUCGGCUUCUUCUUCAGCCACCAUAUCUGACACUGUCCCGAGCGCAGUGGCUACUAACCCUGCUGCCAGCGCCCCUGCGGCCAACCAGAACGCGCCCUCCCCAGCUACCAUAGCUCCUGCUGCUGCGGGGGGCGGUCGGGACAAAGAGCGAGGCAAAAGGCCUCAUCCUGACAGUGAAAUCGACCCUGAGGAGGAGCCUCUUAUUAGAAGGACCCGAGUCUCUGGGCCGGGUACUCUCUUGCACCGAGCGAUCAGAGCUCCUUCUCACUCUGGGCCUCCUGCAGCUGGUGGCUCUGCUUCUGCUUCAGGCCCCCCUUCUAUCCCCAGCUUGCCGCCAUGGGCCCCUCGGUACACUCGAACGGAUGGGACGUUCGUGAAACCGAACGAGACCAUGCUGAAGGAUGGCCAGACCGCUAUGGCCUACUACAGGAGCAUGUGGACUCCGAAGGACAUUGAGGCGGCAAAGGGCCUUUCCCAGAAGGACGUGUUCAGUCGCUUUCCCCAAUCUGCUAUGGAGACAUUGUUUGGGAUGAUGGCCAUGCAGAAGCAGGUGGAAAUGGGGAACGCCAGGGCCCGAAAGUAUUCUGACAGCCUGGAGGUGGCUAAUAAAGAGAACGACCUCCUUGCCAUGAAGAAUACCGAGGUGCUGGUUCGGCUUGACAAAGCCGAGCAAGAGAGAGAUGUCCUGAAAAAGGAGAAUGAUUCCCUUCAGGAUGAGAAGGACGCCCUCCAGCUCGAGAAGAGCGUCUGGCAGACUGAGCAGGAAUCACUCAGAGAAGAGAAGGCAGAACUCCAACGUCUUCUAGCUGAUGAACAGUCUGCUCGGAUGGCUUUUGAAAAAAGAGCUCUGGACGAGCGUACCGCUCUGAUCGACGUUAUCAGCAGAGUGGGUGGUGGGAUGCUGGCCCUUCAUGCUCGGUUCUCCAGGGUCGGUGCUCUUCGGUAUGCUCAAGGAUUCCGGGAAGGCUUCGCCGACCGGGUUCCGGAUGAGGGACAGACCAGCUCCACUCCGGAUGAGGUAGACAAGGAUCUGGGGAUCGAGCCUCUGGGGGUCUAUGUCGACCCAGAACCCACCGAAGCGGAGCGUAUAUUUGAUGAGUGCCAGGACAUCGCAUCCUCAAGGAUCAUCACAGCUCCUCCUACCACUCUGCCACUGACCGCUCCCCAAUCGUCAACCGUGGCUCCCUCUGUAGCCACUGCUGACGCUGAACCCCAGCCGAACGACUCAGUUAUUCACCUGGAUUCCCCACCUCAUGAAGAUUUGGCAGAAUCGACUCUCAUCGCAUCGUGCUGUCUUUUGGCAGGAACGGAUGAUUUGACCAUGCACCAUAUCAUUGAACUUACAGAGGUGUUUGUACCACUUGACGAAGUUGCAACCUUCUUAUCACCUUUUGUGGUGGUAUUGAUGUUGUCCGUCACAACUGCGAUGUCCUUGGGGUAA